GACUUAUGUGACUUUAUGAUUAGGUUUACUUGGAAAAUACGAAAUGCUCAGUUCAGUUGAUUUUGCAGAAACUUAUAGAUCACUUUCAACGAAAUUUCCCUUAAAACUAUUGACCCAUUCCACACUGGAAAACACAGUGAAGAUUACAUGUGUCUGCAACUUUAUAACUCAACCAUUAGUGUUGUGAUUGUCACUACGAGUAAAUAACAAUGAGAAUCACAUUAGUUUCAUUGUUUUCCUUCCUUAUCUGCUACUACAGUAUUUAUAUCACUUUCCAAAUCACCACCAUUGCCUCAGCCAAAUGUCUUGAAGAUCAACAAUCAUUCCUACUACAACUAAAGAGCAGUCUCAUGUUCAAGCCAGAAAUUUCUAACAAGCUGAAGUUGUGGAAUUCAAGUGUUGAUGGCUGUGAAUGGAUUGGUGUAGCUUGUGACAGCAAGGGAUUUGUUGUUGGUCUUGAUCUGAGUGAAGAAUCAAUCUCUGGUGGAUUUGAUAAUGCAAGCAGUCUUUUUAGUCUUCAACAUCUUCAAAAAUUGAACUUGGCUGCUAACAAUUUCAAUUCUGUCAUUCCAUCAGGAUUCAACAAGUUGGUGAUGUUGAGUUAUUUGAAUUUGUCAUAUGCUAACUUUGUGGGGCAAAUUCCUAUAGAGAUUUCUCAGCUUACAAGGUUGGUUACUCUUGACAUAUCUUCUGUUAAUAGCUACAUAACAGGACAAGGGCUGAAACUUGAGAAACCAAAUCUACAGAAAUUUGUCCAAAAUCUGACCAGUCUUAGGAAGCUGUAUCUAGAUGGUGUAAGUAUAAAAGCUCAGGGACAAGAAUGGAGGAAUGCUUUGUUGCCCCUGCCUAACCUCCAAGUAUUGAGUAUGUCUUAUUGUGAUCUAUCAGGUCCCCUUGAUUCUUCCCUAACAAGACUAAAGAACCUAUCAGUCAUUAUUCUUGAUGGGAACAAUUUUUCAUCCCCAGUGCCACAAACAUUUUCCAAUUUCAAAAAAUUAACCACCCUCAGUCUUGCAUCUUGUGGAUUGACUGGUAAAUUUCCAAAAACCAUCUUUCAAAUUGGAACGUUCUCAUUUAUUGACUUAUCCUUCAACUACAAUCUCCAUGGUUCGAUUCCGGAAUUUCUGCUGGGUGGAUCUCUCCAAACCUUAAGGAUAAGGAACACAAGCUUCUCUGGAGCAUUUCCAUACUCUAUUGGUAACAUGGGGCAUUUAUCUGAAUUGGAUCUUUCGAAUUGUGAACUUAAUGGAACACUUCCCUUUUCACUGUCAAACCUCACAAAACUGAGAUACAUGGAUUUGUCAUCUAAUAGUUUCACAGGUCAAAUGCCACCAUUUGGGAUGGCCAAAAACCUUACCCGUCUAAACCUUUCUCAUAAUCGUUUAAGUGGUGAAAUUUCAUCAUCCAAUCACUUUGAAGGACUGCACAAUCUUGUCAGUGUUGACUUGCGUGAUAAUUUCAUCAAUGGGAGCAUUCCUUCAUCUCUUUUUGCACUCACUUUACUGCUAAACAUUCAGCUUUCACUCAACCAGUUUAGUAAAUUUGACAAAUUGAUAAAUGUGUCUACCUCUGUACUCAAAACCCUUGAUUUAAGCAACAAUGAUCUAUCAGGGCCAUUUCCAAUGUCUAUCUUUAAACUCCAUUCGCUUUCUGUCCUCGAUCUUUCCUUUAACAGGUUGAAUGGGUCGCUGCAGCUAGAUGAGCUUAUGGAGCUUAGAGAUUUAUCUACACUAGACCUUUCAUACAACAACAUAUCAGUAAAUGUAAAUGUUUCAAAUCCUAAUUAUACUUCCUUUCCCAAUAUUAGCACACUCAUUUUGGCAUCCUGCAACCUGAAAACUUUCCCUAGUUUCUUGAGAAACCAAUCCUGGUUAAGCAUUCUAGACCUCUCACAUAAUCAGAUUCAAGGAAUAGUUCCCAACUGGAUUUGGAGGAUUCAAAAUCUUCAAAGCCUUAAUAUUUCUCACAAUAUGCUCACUGGUUUUGAUGGACCUUUGCAUAACCUCACUUCCAACUUGAUAUCCCUUGAUCUUCAUAACAAUCAACUGCAGGGGCCAAUACCUGUUUUUUCUGAAUUUUCUUCUUAUUUGGAUUACUCAAUGAACAAAUUUGAUUCUGUUAUCCCACAAGAUAUCGGUAACUACCUGUCUUUCACAACUUUUCUCUCUUUUUCAAAUAAUACUUUACAUGGAACUAUCCCUCGAUCCCUCUGCAAUGCUUCAAAUCUUCAAGUGCUUGAUAUUUCCAUUAAUAGCAUUUCUGGAACAAUUCCCUCAUGUCUAAUGAAAAUGACUCAAACACUUGUGGUAUUAAAUAUGAAGAUGAACAAUCUCAUUGGCACUAUCCCAGAUGUGUUUCCACCUUAUUGUGCUCUAAGAACUCUUGAUCUCCAAAAGAAUAACUUAGAUGGACAGAUUCCAAAAUCUCUUGUGAAAUGCUCAGCACUAGAAGUACUAAACCUUGCAAACAACAUCAUCAUUGGCACAUUUCCAUGCCUGUUGAAGAACAUAUCCACAAUCCGUGUCAUAGUCUUGCGCAGCAACAAAUUCAAUGGUCAUAUCGGAUGUCCAAACACCAGUGGCACAUGGCAGAUGCUUCAGAUAGUUGAUCUAGCCUUUAACAACUUCAGUGGUAAACUACCAGGAAAAUUCUUCACAACGUGGGAGGCAAUGAGGUCUGAUGAAAACCAAGCUGAUUUGAAGGUAAAACGCGUCCAAUUUGAGGUUCUCCAAUUUGGUCAGAUUUAUUAUCAUGAUUCAGUGACAGUAACAAGCAAAGGUCAACAGAUGGAUUUAGUUAAAAUUCUAACAGUCUUCACUUCCAUCGACUUCUCAUCGAAUCAUUUUGAAGGACCUAUACCAUAUUCAAUAGGGAACUUCAAAGCACUUUACAUUCUCAACAUUUCAAACAACCGUCUCUCAGGUAAAAUCCCAUCUUCCAUAGGGAACUUGAAACAAUUGGAGUCCUUAGACCUCUCAAAUAACACUUUGACUGGUGAAAUUCCUGUGCAGCUAGAAAGCUUGUCCUUCCUUUCAUAUUUGAACCUUUCCUUCAAUCAUUUGGUGGGGAAGAUCCCAACAGGUACUCAACUUCAGUCAUUUCAGUCUUCUUCUUUUGAAGGAAAUGAUGGGCUAUAUGGACCUCCAUUGACUGAAAAACCAGAUGGUAAAAGGAAUGAUGAGUUGCUAUCUUGUUCAACAGACUGGAAAUUUUUAAGUGUAGAAUUGGGGUUUGUUUUUGGUCUCGGAAUUGUCAUUGGUCCUCUAAUGUUUUGGAAGCAAUGGAGGAUAAGAUAUUGGAAACUAGUGGAUAAAAUUCUUUGCUGGAUCUUUUCAAGGAUUCAUCUUGAAUAUGUAACCCAUAGAGGACAGACAUACAUAGUUUUAAGGUGGCAUUAGCGACUAAUGAGUGUCCUAAUUAGUAGUAUAAUUUAAUGUUUUCUAUUACCAACCAUGUUGUUUGUUAACGUUAAAAAUAAAUAAAUAAAUAACCAAGUUUUUGUUAUGUAUACUUCUUUGUGAUGAU